AGGAACGGCUGUUGUUUUUAAAAAGGGUUUUAAAUGCCAGCAGCGUCCUGCACCGUAUUUCUCCAUCUGUCAGGUGACUUUAUUUGAGGAAAAUGGCUUUAAUUGGCCUUUUUCAGCUGGUGCUCUCGACUCUCCUGUUUGUCGUCGUCAUCGAUGGUCCUCCUCCUCCGGCCAACAUAUCCAUCCAGGCUGAGUCAGGUCAGGACGUCCCUCUGACCUGUCACAUUCCUGACAAAUACAACAGCUCUGUCAAGUUGAGCAAAGUUGUUUCUGAGAGAGUGACCGUUUGUCUCUUCAGAAACGGUCAGUUUGAUAAAGAAAGUCAGCAUCCAUCUUUUAGGAACCGAGUGGUUCUUAAUGACAGCAACAGAAAUGGUGAAUAUUUGUCUCUGACUCUGAAGAACAUGACGACUGCUGACAGAGGAACAUACUGGGCUCAUGGUCUUCAUGAAAGCACAUGGUACACCUUCUGUGUCUACAUCCUGACUGUUGUUGGAACAGGCAACCCUAAUUGGAGGAUUCAUGUUGAAGAUCAAAACAACAAAACCAGUCUGGAUGAUGGAGUAAAGAUCAAAAUUUCUACACUUACUGUAGUUCUCUAUGUUCUUGGUGGUGUUCUUGUUCUUGUUCUUGUUUUUCUUGGUGUUAUUUGUUUUAAACAGCACCAGAAUUCAAAUAGCCUCCUUCUGAACCAUAGGCUGAACAAGUCCUAACGGUUUCGGUCAUGGAGUAAUUAUUUAUGUCUGUGCCACCUUGACACUGUCCACUGCUCACAUCUUAUGAUAACUUGUCGGCUCUUAAUCUGUUUGUUCCAGACGUCAGGACUCCAGCAUCGGACUUGUUACAUAUAACAUAUCGCAACUCUCUUGUUGCGAUAUGUUAACUCUUUGAGCUGAGAGCUGUCAUUGGCUGAUAGUAACAUGAGGUGGAUUGUGAUUGGUUGUAAACUGUUACAUGGUGUUAACAUGUUGUUAUAUCAUUGGUUUGCAAUCUGAUGACAGUGGCUUCAAUUCGACAGACUUCCAUGAUUGUUUUCUGUUCUUGUUCUUUUUUUCUUUCCUUUUUUUUUUUUUUUUUACAUUUUUAACAUUUUUUUUAUUAGAAUCAAAAUGAAGAACAAUGUAAAAUAGAGUACAGUAAAACAUUUGCCAGGGGGUUAGGUUACAAGCUUUGAGACAAUUUUAAAAUACUUUCGUAUUUAUAGUAAUGUUAUUAAAACCUGUGCAUUAUGUGAUCUUUUUCAAGUCUUUGUGUAAUGUUUUCUGUUCAUUGUCGCCCAGAAUUAAAUUGUGCCAUUGGCCUACUUUAAAUGUC